GGGAGGAGGAAGGGAGGAGGGAGAAGGAGAGAAGGAGGAAAAGAAGCAAGAAGACAAAGGAUUCACAGGUUUGAGCAACAGCAAGAGUUGUCUUGAAAAGCUAACCUCGUCCCAGCGUCAUCAUGGGCAGCCUUCCAGUGGUCCUGCUCCUCUGCGGUCUCCACGCACUCACCGCCGUAGUCCAAGCCCAGGAGAGCGAGACCACUGAGGCAACUGAUGGGACCCUGCCAGCCAACUGCAGGGAGGAGAUGUACCCUUGCACCAGGAUGUACUCGGUUCAUCGUCCCAUCAAGAGAUGCAUUGGCGGGCUCUGCCUCUACAGCCUCCCUCGUGUCUACGUGAUCAACAAUGAGAUUUGUAUGAGGACGGUGUGCCAGCGUGAGGAGGACCUGAAAGCUGAGCUGUGCAGAGAGUUGUCCGGGUGGCCCAGGCGCAUCCAGAGGUCAUCCAAUAGGAAACGCUGUCGCAAUCGCAGCGGCAACUCCAAGACCUGGGCCAACAAGGCCUGACAGUCGUAACACAAAUCCAGUAGUCCGUGCCUACACGCGUGUGCCGAGUCACAGCUAUAUUUAUGUGCGCUAACUUGAAACUGUCUGAGUACUGAGCAUUCCAUGGAUCACAUCAGGCACGCUUCUUUCUAGGCUCCACACUAGUAGCACUCAAACCUGCUCUGUUUCAUAUCGGAAGGUGCUAACUCAGGGGUGUCCCAAGUGUGGCCCGCUGCACAUUCAAAACAUAUCAUUUCAAAAGAAAGAUCAGCAAAAAUGGAAAGGUCAGCAGUCAUUUUACAAAAGUUGUAAUAUUAUGAGAGAAAAUAAUGUCAUUUUAGUCGCAUAGAGAAGAAAUAUUAAAGAAAAAAACAUGAUUUUUUAAAAAAACUUGUAAUAUUAUGAGAAACAUACAAAACAGAAAAUAAAGUUGUAAUUUUUACAAAAUUAUAUUGCGGAAAAAAGCUAUAAUGUUACGAGAAUAAAGUCAAAAUAUUAUGGAAACAAAAUCAUAAUUAUUUUGAAAUUUACAAGAAGAAAGCAGAAAUAGUUGGAAAAUUCAACAAAAAACAACUGCAAAACUGAAUAAAAAACAGCUGUAAUUUUACGAGAACAAAGUCAAAUUUAGAGGAAAAAAGUCGUAUUCUAACGAGAAAAAAAGUUGCAAUUUCAAGAGAAUAAACCUGUGACAUUAUGUGGGAAAAUUUAAAAAUUUAAUUGAAUUUUAAAACAUUUUGAAACAGUUAAAUUAAUGGAAAAAAAAAUGUUAAUUAAAAAAAAUUUAUAUUGUGAGAAACAAAACAAAAUUAAUUUGUAAUUUUUGGAAAAUUACAAAAAAAACCUGCAAAAAUGGAAAAAAACAGCUGUAAUUUUUAGAGAAUAAAAUUAAAAUAUUAAGAGAAAAAAGUUGUAUUCUAACGAGAAAAAAGUUGCAAUAACCUCGUAAUAUGUGGAAAAAUAAUGUCAUUUUUAGUAGUAUAUAGGUGAAAUAUUAAAGAAAAACCAAUCUGUUUUUUUAUUACAUAAUAUUGUGAGAAAUAAAGAAAACAAAAUUAAAGUUGUAAUUUCUGGAAAAUUAGGUUGGGGAAAAGUUAUAAUAUUCAUGGGAAUAAAGUCAAAAUAUUACGAGAAGAAAAUAUGUGAAGAUUAUUUAAGAAAAAAGUUGAAAUAUUUGCAAAAUUAAAGAAAAUGUGUGGAAAAAAAAGAGCAAAGACCAAAGUUGAUACUAGUAAUAGGCUUUAUCACCUAGUGGAUAUCGUAGAGCCGAGAUGUAGUUUUUUCUUGACAUAUACAAAUAAUUUCUGAGCAUAUUUACAAAAUACCAAAGUGGCAAAGUUGCAUCCUUUCAUUUUUCAGCAAGCGUGGACACCCCCGUGCUAAGUGAUGAUGUAUUAUGUAUCCCAUGCACUGUUGCAAUUAUACACUUGAUUUUUCGCCUGGAAGAAAUAAAACCCAUGGAGGUUGUA